AUGCGAUUCAAGAGCGGAAGCAAAGUGGAGGUGCUGGAGAAACGAGAUUCGCCUUCAGGCUGGUGGCGUUGUGCCGAGAUUGUGUGUGGGAAUGGGCACAACUACUCUGUGAGGUAUGAUGGGGAUGCUGAAUUGAAGAGGAUUUCGAGAAAUGCUAUCAGGCCUUGCCCACCUGCAUUUGAAGUUUCUGAUGCUUGGGUUCCGGGCGAUGUAGUGGAGGUGUUUGAUGACUGCUCCUGGAAAAUCGCCACGAUCACAAAGGCAUUUGGCGAUAAUUACUUGGUGAGGGUGUUGGGAUCAUCUGCUGAGUUCAAAGUCAGCAACUUUUGCAUUCGAGCUAGGCAAUCUUGGCAAGGUGACAAGUGGGUUGUGAUUGGAAAGGGAAAUGGGAGCUGCAAAGAUAGGAAACCCCAGGGGAAGUUAUCCCUGAAGAAGAAUGCAAAUGAGAAAAAUGCUUCUAACGUUCAAUUGGUGCACUCGAGAAAAAUUGUGGUGAGGGAAAGUGCAGUUAUGCCGGGAGCGAAUAAGGGAAAUCUCCAGAAACCCAACAUGACUGUUUGUAAAAAUGUGAAACGAGGUGCUUAUGGUGAUUCGCAAGCUGAAGCAUAUUACUUGACUCCAAGAAAAUAUAGAGCUGUUGAGAGAGGGGGCAGGCCGAACCGACUGGUUGCUGCUAAUAAAUCUUCGCUGUGUGAAGAGGUAUUAGCCAUUGGUUUCCCCAGCCAAGCUGGGUUUUCCCAAGUGGAUGCUGAGAGGAGGCAGCUUGGUGGAGCUGUUGGAUGUUCAUAUGCAACAGACCUAGAAUCUAGUGAUGCUGAUAGUGUUGCAUGCUCAGUUGGUAGUUGUAGCAUUGAUGACAACUAUUCCAAUAGAUUCCGUCUUCGUGCAGGCCAUAUUGAAGAUGCUGAUUGCAAUUCUAGUGAUGCAGAAUCAUUCUGUCCGCGCGAAGAUCAGGAGGCAAACAUCCCCCUUCCAACACAAGAGCAAUUGACUGGUGAAAUCCAUAGGUUAGAGUUGUAUGCCUAUCGUUGCACGAUAGAGGCAUUGCACGCUUCGGGCCCAUUGAGUUGGGAACAGGAAGCAUUGGUGACAAAUCUUCGCCUUUCCCUCCAUAUAUCAAAUGAUGAACAUUUGAUGGAGUGGAGAAAUUUUGCUUACAGGAUAUUAUUGAUACGUUAUGAUGUAUUUUCCAGGGCCAAAGUAGGAGGCUUGUACACCUCAAUUCAAAAGUGUUCAAGGAUGAUUUUGGGGUUUGCUGCCUUCUCUUGGCAAAUAUAUGGAUCACAGAUAUUGGGAUCUACUGAAACAGCAGCCCUAGCUAUCUGGUUGCUGCUUGAUGAUCUCACUUCUAUGGUAGCAUUUACUGUGUUCAGGUAUUUCUGCAAAAUUCAGAUGAUUGAUCAGAAAGUGUGUGGAUCAAGACCCUGUCCAGCUCUGGUCAGAAGAACUGAAGAAGGCUGGAACCAUACGAAUAAAGCACAUGCUAAGGCCUCCAGCGACAUUAGGGUGCGAUGA